AUGAAUGCACCUGGAAAUAAUCAAAUGAUUGCCCCAAAAAUUCAAAAGCAAUUGGUGAAUGCUUGUGCAGUUGAGACCACAAAUGCUAUUCUAGCUGAUCUUGGAGAUAGAUGGUUCACUUUACUACUUGAUGAGGCUCGUGACUGUUCAGUGAAAGAGCAAAUGGCAGUUGUUAUUAGAUAUGUGAACAAGCAUGGAGAGGUGAUUGAACGAUUUAUGGCUGUAGUUCAUGUUGCAACAACUACAACUGCUUGUUUGAAGGAGGCAAUCGACUCUUUAUUUGCUAAGUAUGGUUUAUCAGUGGCGAGAUUGAGGGGUCAAGGAUAUGAUGGUGCUUCAAAUAUGUCUGGAGAAUUUAAUGGCUUAAAGUCACUGAUAAUGAAAGAAAAUCCGUAUGCAUUAUAUGUUCAUUGUUUUGCUCAUCAACUCCAGCUAGUGGUUGUAGCCGUUGCUCAAGCAAAUCAAUAG